UUUGUUUCCAGCAUAUCUCAUAAUUCGUUCAGGUAGACUAAGCCUGGAUUUACAUGAAAAAAUUCUUAACGAAAGUGAACCUCGUUUCGGGAUUUUCGAGAACAAACCAGACCAGACUCUGUGUUGAGUCAAUUGUUGGUGCCAAAAUGAGUGGAAGUCAAAGGUCAGAUGUCAAUGGACAUGGGUCAACGAACAGCAUGGGGAAAAUAUACAGGUUGAAUAAAAACAAUGAUAACUCUGAUAUUAUUGAGAAAUUAGUCAAAAUUUUACAGCAAGGAGGGGUCAUUGCGUUGCCAACGGAUACACUAUAUGGGGUCGGUUGUCUUGCGCAAUCAUCUGAAGCGAUUGAAAAAAUUUACAAACUAAAAGGUCGCGACCUUUCCAAACCAAUAGCAAUUUGUGUCGGGGAGGUUUAUGAUGUAUUUCAAUGGGGAAAAUUCCCUAAAUUACCUGGCAGUAAAGAAGGGGGGGAUAAUAUGACCGAUCGACCGAUUGAAAUUUUAAGUGACUUACUCCCCGGCCCUGUGACGAUUGUAACGGAACGCACUCCUGCCCUCAACAUGGAAUUAAAUCCUGAAACGCAAUUGGUCGGGAUUCGCGUUCCAGAUCACCAAUUUAUACGAGACUUAACAAACAGACUAAAAGAACCGCUUGCUUUGACGUCAGCAAAUCUUUCUGCCUCAAUGAGCCCGUUAUGCAUCGAUGAUUUUGACUAUUUACACGAAAAAUUGGACGCCAUAAUUGACGGAGGUCAUGUCGGACUUAUAAAUGGUUUACACAGUGCGUCGUCACGACAAGGGUCGACCGUAUUUCGAAUCCAACAAGAUGGAAAAUCCUUCAAAGUGCUUCGACCGGGAUGCGCGUAUGAGCAGACUGUUCAUACAUUACAGGAAAAAUGGGGAAUCAAGCUCUCACCAUGACUACGUGGCAUGACUGAUAACUAAAUCCAGUCUAUUUGUUUUUCUAUGGGUCUUGACUAUCGUAAUAUUGCUUGGUAUUUGACAACUGUCUUCCAACUCUGAGAAAACCAGAUUUUAUCCACAAAAACAUUGAUGCUUGCAAGCCUUAUUCUCAGUAACACUUAGGUUUCGUUUUUAAGUUUUUGCCAGAAUAUUCAACUCCUAUCGUCAGAAAUUUUGACUCUCAUUUGUUGAAAACUACAAUUUCCCGCUCUCCACACUUUUGACUUGCAAAAAACUAAUAGCUCACAGACCCUCUAGAUUUCUCUCUCAUUACCCUGGGGCUUUGAACAGAGCAUUUGAGAACCUAUGUCAUACAUAGUCCAAGUAAAAUUACUUGCUUUUAUUGGUUAUAAUUAACAAUUAAUAAAAAAGCCUGCAAAUAAUAAAUGGAAUUUGAGGGAGUCUUGAAAGGUAAAACCUGACUCCGGACUAUUGAGAAAUUCAAAAACGAUUAUGAACCAGGUUAACAAAAAUUUUGCUUCGGCUACUAACUUUCUGAAAACAAAUAUUCAUUUUUUUCGUUUAUCGUAGGGCAUUUUUAUUACACAUUUUCAAAUUUUUUCUGUGGCCCUUUUAAUUUUGGUUUUGAGAUGAAUUGAGUUACACCUACUACUGCACUGAAUUUCUGUCCAUACAUUUCGAAUUGUUCCCAGGUAUCAAGUUUGGUCCUGCCAAAAUUAUCAUCAUUACAAUAUUUUAAAUAAGUGAGCUGUCUUCAGGCUUCUAUCCAUAUAUUUUUUUCAUUUCUCUCGAAUAGCGUAAUCUUGCAAUUUGUUUAUUGCCAAGUUUUCACUCUCUUUUUUUUGAAUAUUUUUGCUUACUUUUUUAUUUUGUUUAGAAAUAUUGCAUUUUUUCCUCCUAUGGGUCUGCCAGAGGCUCGAGAAAGCAAGGGAUAAUCCAGCGGGUACAAAAAUUUAGACAGUGGCCUCUGAAGAGCUAUGAAAAAUUGUUUUUAUUUUUGGAAAGUGAAAUUUUAGAAUAUCAAACUGUCUCAAAAUGGGCACAUAAUUUUUAAUAAUUGUUUCAAGAGAGAAAAUGUAAUAAAAUGGCACAAUUCCCCUCCAUGGUACUUUGAUUCAGAGCCAUUUGUAAGGAUUUUCCGCUGUGUAUUAGGAAUUUUUGGGUUCGCAGUUGGAUGUAUUUUUCCCCCAAAUCCACAGCCACUAAAUUGUUCUAUGAUUGACAUCUGGUGUCGAAUUCCAAAUUUAAUGAUCUUUUCAAGGUUCUUUUAUCAGUGGUGGCAAUUGAUUUUCUGAGUGAGCCAGUUUCAAAUAAUAGACUUGGUUAGUAUGCUGGAGAAUUAAAACUUGAUAUGAAAACCAGUGGGCUGGAUAAAACAUCGAUGGGCCGAAUACCGCCUGCGGGUCGUAGUUAGCUCACUUCUGGCUUUUUGUGUGUUUACUGAGAUUCCACAACUCCUUAAAUAACAGAUUUGAAACAAUUUAUCCGCUUUAUGCAGAAGAACUGAGUAAAGUUAGUGGUACUACUAUAGCCUGAGCAUAACCCAUCUUUAGUUCAGUGUUGUUCAAACCUUUUUCUCGGAGUAUGUGUACCAUGUGACCAUCGCUCUAUUUCAGUGAUGGUAGCCUGUAGUACUGGUUUCAAAUUGUAUUGAUAUUUUGUUUCAACACAAAUCCGUGUCAUGUGCCAAAAAGAUUUUACUGCGCCUCCAUUGAGCAAACCCAGGUAUUGGGACCCCCUGAAGAGUCCUGUCUUAAUUGGUAUCACUCUUACAUUUUUUAGUCAAUGGAAAAAUUUAAUUUGUUCGUAGUUUUGAAUAUUAUUUUGAUUGUGACUCAACAAUUCUCCAUUGACUGUAAAUAUUUUUUUCUUUUUUCAUAGACUUGCAAAGACGAGAUCUUUUUUUCUGCCUUGUUUACCUAUUGCUUUGACUUAUUUUCAUGUUUUUUUAAUUUCUUGACAAUGUACGGUUUUCUAGAAUAAAGUGGGAUCGAAAUGUUUC